GAGGAGGCAGCCGAGGCCCUUAUCCAGGAGCACCGCCGCGCCGCGGGGGCCCGGCAAGAGGCGCGGCGGCCGCGGGCCUCUGCGCCGCCGGCCUCUGCGCCGCAGGCCUCUGCGCCGCCUCUCUUCACGCCGAUCUUUUCCAGUGCUCGGCCCCUGUGGCUGGCGCCUAGGGCUUCCGCGCCUAUAUCCUAUCAUCCAGCGUCGUGGCCACUGGAUGUUCCACAUGUGACUCCAGCCACGUGGGCUUUCAGCCCUCAGGUCAUGCUGACGCCGCUUUUUUGUUCUUCCAUGAGCGGCGGCGCGCCCGAGCGGACGGGCGACGGGCGCGCGGGCGAGCUCCAAGAGCGAGCGGACUCGCGGGCCUGGUGA